AAAACGUACAGAAACAUUUUUGCACAAAAACAAUUUAAAAAGCCUAAAAGCACGUUACUGUUAAAAGUUUCCGAGAAGUGUUUCAUUGAACCAUUUACAAACAAAUAUGGCACAAACUACAACGUUGGUUAAAUGCCCUGUUUGCUCUCGCUCUUUUGUGAAUUGGACGAUCAACCAGCAUAUCGAGGAUUGUCUUUUACGUUCAUCAGUCGAGAAAGAAGCUAAUCAAAACAUUGCCAGUUCUGUAAAUAAGCUUUCUAAAAGUCCAGAAUUGGCACAAAGCAGGAAGAAUAUGAAGUCAUCUUCUUUUGUUGUUGGUAAGAAAUUGUCUAAAAGUCCAGAGUCUGUAGACAGCAGGAAGAACAAAUCAGCUUGCUCGUUUACCAGCCCGCCUUUCAAGAGAGCAAAGAUGGAAAAUAUUCGAACUACAUCAGUUUUAAAACAGAAUGGCCAACAAUACCAAACCACGGCAAAACAAAAUCCCCAAGAAGAAACAAAUGGGCCCAAGGCAAAGAGGGACAAGUUUGUGCCACUGGCUGAAAAACUGCGACCUCGAACACUUGAGGAAUAUGUUGGUCAAACACAAAUUCUUGGUGAUAAGUCGAUGCUUAAGAAAUUGUUGGAAGCAGAUGAGAUUCCAUCAAUGAUAUUCUGGGGUCCACCAGGCUGCGGCAAGGUGUUUUAUAUGUGUAUAUAUUUGUGUUCUUUUGGGAAUGUUGGAGCAGCAUGCCUCUGGGUCCCUUGGAAUAUGAUAGAGAGGGGAAGGCAAGGGGUCUGUUGCAUAACACCUGUGUAGCAGCACUGGGGGGGAAGGGGAGUGGACCCCUCCCCUUUUUCCACUCACCCUAGCACCACUAUGCAGGCUACACCUAGUAUAACAAUAGUACCAUCCAGUCAUGAUCCAUGUUUAGAAUGUUCCCUUGUUUUUCAUUGUUUUGAAAAUGUGACUCUCCGUGCCGUGCAGUCACAUGUCUACCUCCUCCGCAGGCAGGGCUGUUCCUAGACGCGAUAAUUGGGGGGGGUGCAUAUUCAUAUAUUCGUGUUCACAUACCAUAAAAACAAUUGAUUUCAAAAGAAAUUAAUAAAGCAGCUGAACACGAGUAUAUGAAUAUGCCCCCCCCCCCCAAUUAUCGUUCUGGCUACGCCACUGUUUGUGUUCUGCCCGACAGAUUUCUUUUGAAAGCAAUUGUUUUUACAGUAUGUGAACAUGAAUAUAUGAAUAUACACCCCCAUCCCCCAAUUAUUGCGUCUAGUUACAGCCCUGUCCGCAGAUCAUACGGCCCGUAAUGAGUAUGCCUGUUUGGAGGUUAAAAUUUGAAAUCUGAGACGAAGGCUUGUUCCCACCAAUUUUCACCCACCCAAAAUUUUUGCCUCCCAAAUUCAUGAAAGGCCUGUGGAGGAGGUAGAUCACAUGUGGUUUUGACAAAAUUCUGAAUUUUGACUCUGGUAGACAACAUUGGCAAACAUCAUCGCAAACAACACAAAACGAGCAAGUGCAAUGAGGUUCGUUAAACUGUCUGCAACCAUGUCGGGCGUGGCUGAGGUGAAGGAGGUCAUUAAGAUUGCAAAGAAUGAACAAAGUUUGUUUAAACGCAAAACAAUAUUGUUCGUUGAUGAAAUACAUCGUUUUAAUAAAAUGCAACAGGUGUGUAAUAAUGUAGGCAAAGAAAUAUGAGAGAAAAGUAGAGAGAUACAGACUUGGGACAUUUGCAAGCGCCCCAAAAUUUACAGUUGGAUUUUUCCUAUGGAGGCGUAUGUGGCUUGCGAGUUGACAACAACAAAUUUUCGCACCAAUUGUUGCAAGUAACAUUCAAAAUGCUGCAAAUGUUCCAAGUCCGUCCCCCUACUUUUCUCCUGAGAUGGUCUUGAACCAAGUGUAGUAAUAAUGUUACCAAUCUGAAUGUUGUGAAGUGCUCAUGGUGUGAUUGCAUGUUCCUGGUGUUAUCUGAUCAAGAUGUUUUCCAUUAAAAAGUCCUGUUUCCCAAAAAUAUUGUCAACAGGGGGGUGGCAGGGUGUGUAACUUUUCCAAAAAAAUAUUGCAGGGGGGUCUGUCAGGAUGGGAAUAUCAAAAUUUAUGAACCUGUUGAAAAGUUCCUCACCACAGGAAUCUGCUCCCCUUGCAGUCAUGUUUUUCUGCUGUCCCAGGCCUCACACCAUACCACCUUGGCUCCAGCUAGUGAUAUGGGGCAGUAGAAAAAGCCAUAUAUAGCUCCCUCACUUCACCCUGCCUCGGUUGACAGUAGCACCCUACUUGUGAGCAACACUGACUCACCCUGUUCCCUAAUAUAUUCCAGGAUACAUUUCUUCCCCAUGUUGAAAAUGGUACAAUCACGAUGAUUGGUGCAACAACAGAAAACCCCUCAUUCCAUGUUAAUUCAGCGUUACUGAGCAGAUGUCGGGUUAUUGUGCUUGAGAAGUUGUCAACAGCUGAGCUUAUGACCAUACUUGAAACUGCCGUCAAAGCCCUUGGAGGUGUAGUGUGUGAAGAUGUCCGUCCUUUGAAUAAUGGAAGUGAUAGGUAAUUGCCAUAUCUAUAUAACUUUACCACAGGCUAAUGAAAGCAUUAAUGUCACAAUAUUUGUGUUCCUUAAAACACGAGCAGGCGUACUUUUAACACGAGGUGACAGCCAAGUGUUUUAUACCUGAUAAAGCCUGGACUACAAGUGUUUUAAAACGCUUCAAAAACUCAUUAAUAAUUCAUGAAGCAAUUAUCCAAUCUUGAGUAAGAAAUUAGUCGCGUGCAUACGUCUUUAUACCAGCUAAAGAACACUUUAACAAAAGACCAUUGGCAUUGCAUUGUUAUGCAAACUAUAUAAAGAUUUUUAUAUAACGAUUUUUAUAUAAAGAUUUUUAUAUAAAGAUUUGACUUAUUGAAGCCAAACUUUAAACCUAAUAAAACACUCCUGCUCGUUUUUUAAAUAGUACUUAAAAAUCGACCCACCUUAUGAGUUCAUUGGCGAAGUAAUUUUGAAAAUCAACGUUGUUUAAGCGGAGAAAAUCAAAGCUCAGUAAAGAUUAUGUAAAUGAACAUGAUUUUUUAUCACAUAUAAGACCACAGACACGGCAGUAAUUUCCUUUGUCUUUCCCUCAUGAAUUAUUAAUGCAUUUUUAAAGUUCAUACAGUGAUCAACGCCAAAAUAUUUUUACCAAAAUUUGGAUUUUUUAUAAAGCAAGGACGCGAAGGUUAUUGUGGAGAAGAACUCGUUACGUAUGCUAGGAAACUUGUGCGAUGGUGAUGCGAGAAAUGCGUUAAAUGGUUUGGAAAUGGCAGUACAGUCAAAACUAAACUCGCAAAUGAAUGAUUCAACCAGUUUCGUGCCAAUAGUCACGACAGAUGAUAUAAAAGAAAGCUUUCAACGUUCUCAUGUGUCGUAUGAUCGCAAUGGAGAGGAACAUUAUAAUAUUAUUUCGGCGUUACACAAGUCUGUGCGAGGUGGCGAUGAAAAUGCGGCGUUGUAUUGGUUAGGAAGAAUGUUGGUGGGAGGAGAGGAUCCCAUGUAUAUUGCAAGGAGGUUGGUGCGCAUGGCGAGUGAGGAUAUAGGUGGGUGCAAGUAGCUGUGUUAGUGACAUAGUGGUUAUAAUAAGUGUUUUUUUCACGUCUGGGAGGUGAGCUCGAUAAUUCUGCAAUAUGUAGUUGUCUGAUUGCAAUACACCCUUCCGGAAAGUGCUCAAUCUUGGCUAUAGAACCACUAGGUGUGGUGUGCACCCCCUGCAUCCCACCGGUAGAUGCGCCCCUGGUACUUCGUGCACCGUCGGUACCAAGUAGGGGAUUGCUCUUACUGGGCGUCUAGGGAGAACACUCAGUUUGGGAAUGAUGUUGAGAUGAUCCCUGUAGGGAUAAACUGUUUUCUCGAAGUAUAUUGACAUUUCUGUAGGUCUUGCAGACCCGCUGGCUUUAAACCAAGCUGUAUCAGCAUUUCAAGCCUGUCAUUUCAUUGGUCGACCUGAAUGUGACGUAAGUAGACCUGGCAUUCCACAGCGGAACUACCUGAAAAAGAUGAAAUUAAACACUGACAAGUUUGCUACAAACCUGUUGCGAACAUAUCUUGUUGAUAAAUUGUGAGAAUUUUACGUGUGUUCACAAAACACGUCCUUCAAAUGAUUUCUUAUUUUGUCAAGGUUAUUCUAGCGCAAGCAGCGGUGUAUUUAGCCAGAGCUCCGAAAUCAGUUGAAGUAUACAAGGCAUAUGACAGAGUAGUACAACAUCUCAAAUCGUACGAGGGAACAUUACCCGGUGUCCCGUUCCACAUACGAAAUGCUCCUACCAAACUUAUGAAAGAUCUUGGUUAUUCCAAAGGGUACAAAUAUAACCCGGACUAUGAUGAACCUGUUGACCAGGAGUAUUUACCCGCAGAACUGACAGGACUGGACUUUUUCAAGGAUGGAAAAUAGGAACGUGUUUUGGAAGGUAUAGUUGGCUUCAGGACGGUAUGUACAAUGCAGUUCUUAAUGUGGUUGAGGGUGAAUUUGGCCAGAUAGUAGGUAUAGGCUUGCAGAUACACUGCGAACAAUUAGAAAUGAGUUUACUAACAAAAUAUGAAAUAAGUUGUGUUAAAACUAUAUAAAAUAGUAAAUUGAUAUAAAGUAUGAGAGGGCAGGGUUAAAAACAGGGCCCGGUUGUAUAAAAAAAGUGAUUAAAGUUAACUAUAGUUAGUCGGGAAACGUCAUCUAAUAAGAAGCGCGUAUUUGAGAGUUAAUCACUAUUUAACUACAAAAUAGUGAUUAAUUAAGAGUUUUAUACAACCGGCCCCAGAUAUAUAAAAAUACUAUUUACAACCUAAGCGCGGUUGUGUUCUGCGAUCAGGCGCUCUGAUCUCGGGUUAAUUAAUGUUGUAUAUGAUCCGCAUAUCGGAUAUACAAACUCGAGUCGAAGGGGAAGGUGAGAGUUUGUAUAUCCGAUACAACAUGGUCCGCGAG